AUGGCUAUACACACAGUACGACGAGCAUUUAGCUCAAUCCCUCAGGAAAGUGUUUUACAAUUCGCCCGCGACAUGCUGCAGAUCCAUGUGAUUUUCCAUCUCGUGCGGAUUGCGGUCUCGAUCGCCCUCCUGCCGUUGGACAACACCAUCCUGUUGGCUUCCUACGCUGUGGGCUACGUCCCCGGCGACCUUUCAGAAUCGUCCAGUCACGAACGCCGACGACAGAAAAUCCUUCGAGAUGAGCAUUUUCGGCCCAAGACCGUCCUCGUCACGGGGGUCAACACCCCGCAUGGGCUCGCGGUGGCCCGGGGUUGGUACUACGCCGGCCAUCGGGUAAUCGGGGCCAACGUCACAGAGGGCGCCAUCGCCCCCGGCGAAGGCAUGUCCAAGACGCUGGCCGCCUUCUACCACGUUCCCAAGACCAAGUACAGCGCCCGGCUGCUCGACAUCAUCCAGAAAGAAAAGGUGGAGAUCUGGAUCCCGUGCGCGAAUGAGGCCUCCGCCCUCGACGAUGCGUCGGCCAAACAGGUGAUCGAGAGCCGGACCCAUUGCAAAUGCAUCACGCUGGACGCCACCCUUGCCGAAACUUUCAGCAAUCAAGACACGUUUGACCAGUAUCUGAUGGAGAAGCGACUUCCCGUGGUGGAGAAACAUCAGGUGCUCUCGCGGGACGCCAUCCACAGGAUUUUGCAUCGGUCGCCGUCGAAGGUUUAUCAGAUGCGGAGACCGACCCCCACCCCCGGAGACGAUCAGGUUGUCGUCCUGCCGAAGCGGACCCUCAGUAUGACCUACUCCGAGGUCAGUCAGAUCCAAAUCUCCAAGGAACGCCCAUGGAUAUUACAGCAACAGACGCGCCUGGGGCGGUUUGUCGCAGAGAUCAUGGUCAUUUGUGGCCAUGUCAAAGCUAUUAAGAUCUAUCCAGGCGACAAGCAGUCCGAUUGGGGUCGCUCGCGCCUAGACAGGGGACUGGCCAGGGCGACACAUGCGCUCAUGGAACGGUUCGCGCUACAGGGUGGACCCCGCUUGAGCGGCCAUCUGCGCCUGCAUUUGACCGUGGACGAGGAGUUUAGCGACAAUGUUCUCCGCUACACGAUUCAUAUCGAGGGCUGCGAGCAAGGUGCCGCGGCAGCCAAGUUCCUUCUCGAAGACAAGCCCGACUCGUUAGUCACGGAGUACCUGGGGGUACUCACGCCACACAUCAAUGGGGUUUCGGGCGAAGUGCCCAGAAUGGAUCUUGCAUCCCUCGACGCGGAGAUUUCCACCCCGCCUCCCGAGAAUUUCAGUCUGUGCCAGGUGGUGCGAAGUUGCGAUGUGCGGAGGGUGCUGCCGGCACUCUACCCGGCGAUCGAGCAGAUCGAUCGCAGUCUCGACGAAGGAAGCCGGCUGCUUCUGUUCUGGAAGAAUUGGCGCUUUUCCGCCAUUGAUCCAUUGCCAUGGUGGUGGCAUACGCAUAUCUAUCAACCUCUUAAAGAGAUGGAAAUGAUUAUUAAUUCGACCCAUGGCAAGCCGACAUGA